AUGAAAAACCUCACAAUCUUCCUACUUGUUUUUAGUCUUUGUAUGUUUGGUCAUGUAUCUGGCGCUGGAAUUAGGAUCGUGAACGAACUCAAAAAUAAGAAAUCCCUUUGGAUGAGAUGUUAUUCUAAAGAUGACGUACUAGGUCCAACAAUAAUACCAAAUGGAGGGCAUUUUACAGACUAUUUCUUUCAUAAUUUAUUCGGUACGACGCGUUUUAUGUGUACUUUAAAACAAGGACCUGGAUUUAAACACAGUCAAAAGCUUUAG